AUGGCUUCUUCAAAAGCUAAAGAGUCUGCUGUCCAAAAAUGGAUCGAUUCUGCCACCGGCUUACCCAACUUUUCGCGCCAUACAACCGCAAACCUCGAGACGCGAACUAUUGCAGGAGCAGAGCUCUACUACGAGGGCUUCUACGGCUCAAUUGUGGCCGCGGCGAAGGCGCUUGGCGUACCCUACAAGCGCCUCUAUUAUCGAGUCAAUGGGCAUCACUCAACGGCCGAGAAUGGGGGCAACCGUACCCUGCUUGAUCCCUCGGAUGAAGAGGAAGUAUUUUGCUGGGCACAUCGCCGCAUCACACAGGGGCACCACAUCCAGGGUCGUGCGCUCCAACAACACGCCAACGCCAUUCUCAAGGCAAAGGGCGUGGGAGCUACAGCAUCGCGAGCCUGGGCCAAGCGCUUUAUACAGCGGCAUAGAGAACUCUUCCACCGUCGAAGAGCAGCAGCGCGAGACAUCAAACGGAAGGCUAUGCAAGAUCGCAUCCACAACACCUGGAAUUUCGACGAGACGGGCUUCAUGGUGGGAUAUCUACAUAAAGGCACAUUUAUUUGGACCUUCCGCGAGAUUGAUACCCCUAUUUUAUCUGACGCUCACGAAACAGUGUCGGUCACAGCGAUUGAGGCUAUUUCUGCAGCUGGGAGUUGCAUUCCUUCGUUUGUGAUACUCCCUGGGGUCCAAAUUCCUGCCCGUUGGGUUAGCAACAGCCUUGACGACGAUACCAUCAUUUCAACCAGCCAAAAGGGGUAUAUUAACGAUGUCAUCGCGAUUGAAUGGAUCAGACACUUCGAGAAACACACGAGACCAGUUGAUCCACUUCAGAAGCGGCUUCUACUUAUGGAUAGCUGUGAUAAUCACUAUACAGAAGAGAUGGUUCACUUCUGCUUCGAUCACAACAUUAAGGUCUUCCCAAUGCCUCCCCAUCUUACACAUCAGCUUCAACCUCUUGAUGUCGGCGUUUUUAGGUCAUACAAACACUGGCAUCAACAAGUUCUACAUCGUGAGAUUGCUGACGGGGCAUAUUACUUUAACAAGUCCGAUUUUCUAUAUCAUCUUCAAGAGGUCCGCACUCGCACCUUCAAAAAGCACACAAUUCUCUCAUCUUGGCAGAAAUGUGGCCUCUUCCCAUUCAAUCCCGAGAUCGUGCUCUCUCAGCUUCAAGACACGCUCUCGUCGCUCACAGAAGAAGUGGCUAUUAAGGACCUGCCGGGCUCGAUCGAAAGCGAGCCUCAGGGCGGGCCUCAGGCAGCAAGACCGUCAACACCAUCGCCACACACGCCGCCCUCGAUUCAACGAUUCAACUGGAACAAUGUUUCAACGCCGAGACUCAACCUCUCUACGAUUCAGAGGUAUCACGCCUACGUACAGCUUCGUCUAGCCACAUCAGUUGACUUUGACUCCUCCGUCACAUACGUCUAUGAGAAGGCGCGGAAAGCCGACAAAACCCUCGCUCUCAACGGCAUCACCGCAACGGCCGAGAUGACGAAGAUAAAAGAGAAACAAGCCAAGCGCUCCAGUCUCCAGCAACAGACAACUAUUUCGCCCGAGACGAAUACAAUAGACAAGCGGCAAGAAGAGGAGGCACAGAGAGUCAGGAAUAAGGAGGUUCGCGACGAAGCUGGCUAUAUACGCCGCUGGCUUCGCAAGGUACGCUUCAACGUCAGGAUUAGCAUCACAGAGGCGAGGAUUCGAGACAUCAGAGGUCUCUGGGCCAAGGGCGACAAGCGCGCACACCUCAAUUGCAAUGAGUGGAUGUGCGCAAGCUACAGGAUUCUCCGCGAGCUACACAACCGCGGCGUAGGGCAAAGCAAGGCGAUCAUGUGGCCGGAGUACUAUGAUCGCGAGAUUGUAAAGGAAGCAGCCGAAUUAGUGGUGAUGGAGGCAAAUAAGCGUGCUAUUUGCCGUCAGACGCUUUCCUUGGAAGCUGACGGCAUCGAGAUGCGAUGA